ACAUCUCUAGUGCACAUACAAAAAUUAUUCCGCACAUGGAUGGAAAAGAUUGCUCAGGGGUUAGAUAUAGGAAACUGAUGGGCUGCAUGCAGCCGGUGGACGGCAGAUUUCCCACCACUGUUUAGCCUAACAGUAAAUGUAACUUACGUUCCUCUUGCUUCUAACUUGCAUUCUUACAACUUCUUAAAGCGUCUUCCUCCUGCCCCCAUAGACCUGUUAUAAGUACGAAACUCCUGAUAAGGUGGGUUCCAGCCCCUAACAGCAACAGCUGGAACUCUCUCAGACGCUAGUGCCAGUUAUCUACAUUUUCAACAAUUAAAAGAUUUGGCUGCAACCAGGUGUGUGUGUGGUCUCUGCUGGCACACGUGACAACCGGGUGGGGGUUGUGCAGAACUGCGUGGGCUUGUGUCAGCAGCGGUCCUCCUGUACUCUAUAUAUAGGCAGACAUGCUUGGACAGGCUUGUCCAACACGCGUCAUGGGUCACUGGGAGGUUCUGUGCUUUGCCCUAGCCUGCUACCUUGGCGUAGCAAGGGCUACCACACUGGGUGUGGUGCACACCGAAGGAGGUUUUGUCGAGGGUAUCAGUGAGAGACUGGGACUCUUCGGGAACUACAUCGAUAUCUUCAAAGGAAUCCCUUUUGCUGCUCCUCCAAAGAAUUUUGAAGACCCCAAACCACAUCCUGGCUGGUCUGGUACGCUGAAGGCCAAGGAGUACAAACACCGUUGCCUGCAGGUCACGCUCACCCAAAUCGGGACUCGUGGGAGUGAGGACUGUCUUUAUCUGAACAUCUGGGUCCCUCAAGAUAAGAAGGGAGUGUCCACCAAUCUGCCAGUGAUGGUCUGGAUCUAUGGAGGCGGAUUCCUGGUUGGAGGUGGACAAGGCGCGAACUUCCUGAACAACUACCUCUACGAUGGCCAGGAGAUCGCGGUGCGAGGAAAGGUCAUCGUGGUGACCUUGAACUACCGGGUGGGACCACUGGGCUUCCUCAGCACGGGUGACUCCAGUAUUCCAGGUAACUACGGGCUGAAGGACCAGCACAUGGCCAUCGCUUGGGUGAAGAGAAACAUCAAGGUCUUUGGGGGCGACCCAGAAAACAUCACCAUCUUUGGGGAGUCUGCUGGCGCUGUCAGCGUCUCGUUACAGAUGCUGGCGCCAUCCAACAAGGGGCUGUUCAAACGAGCCAUCAGCCAAAGCGGCGUUGCUCUGUGCAGCUGGGCUAUCCAGGAGAAUCCCCUCGCCUUGGCUACCAAGGUUGCAGCGAAGGUGGGCUGCCCUACGGACAACACCACAGCCAUGGGCAACUGCCUGCGUGUCACCGACCCCCAGGCUGUGACGCUAGCCUACCACCUGGACAUGAUCAACCUGCCCUACCCUCUAGUCCAUUACCUGGCCUUCACUCCUGUGGUGGACGGAGAUUUCCUUCCAGACCAGCCUGAGAAGCUCUUUGCUAACGCUGCAGACAUUGAUUACAUUGCGGGCACGAAUAACAUGGACGGGCACUUCUUCGCUUCCAUUGACAUGCCUGCUCUCAACCGCCCGCUCGUGAAGAUCACUGCGGAGGAAGUCUAUAACAUAGUGCGGGGGCUGACUCUGGAGAAGGGUGUGGAAGGAGCAAAUGCCACUUUCGCCCUAUACACCCAGAUGUGGAACAACAAUCCUGACCAGGAGGUCAUGAAAAGGACGGUGGUGGACUUGGAAACUGAUUACAUCUUCCUGAUUCCCACGCAGAAUACACUCGCACUGCAUAAAGCGAAUGCUCGGAACGCCAAGACUUACAGCUACCUGUUCUCCCAGCCUUCUCGCAUGCCUGUGUACCCCAGCUGGGUCGGAGCAGACCAUGCCGACGACCUUCAAUAUGUCUUUGGGAAACCCUUCGCUACCCCGCUAGGCUACUUCCCUAAGCACAGAACUGUCUCGGCUGCCAUGAUUGCUUAUUGGACCAACUUUGCUCGAACGGGCGACCCCAACAAAGGGGAAUUAUCUGUGCCCAUCGGCUGGGUGCCCUACACGCAGGAGCAGGGCUACUACCUCGAAAUCAACAGCGACAUCAACUAUGAUUCAGCAAAGGAAGGGCUGAGAACCCCCUACGUGAAAUUCUGGAGUACAACCUACCAGAAACUGCCUACUGUUCCUCUCACUGGCCUGGAUGGGAGCCAGGCCAACAAAACGACCAACUAAUUCUGUUCAACCAACCAACCAACCACAAAACUGGCCAAGUUCUGAUUAAAUUCUUGUUUCUCACCGCAACUCCUGCCCUCUUCCAGUCUCCUUGCAGCAGAAUUUUCCCUAAGAACAGUGGGAGAGAGUGUGAUUAAAUUUACGGGGUGUUUUCUGUCCUGUGAAAAAUAUACCUGGUGGUGCUUGAUGCAUGGAGCUGUUAUACCCGCAACAUGUUCUUGCCUAAUAUAUUCUCUUCACGUAACAGUCAAACUUUG